AUGGACAAUAGCUUCACAGGAGACCGCAGCUAUGCGCUCUCACACAACGCUGUUGUGCCUUCGUCCCCUGCUCCCCCGCUCCCCUCACGCACCCCCCUCGCUGCUCAGCCCUCCCAGCAGGAUAGCCCAAUGUUCCCGGACUUUGGGGUCCCCCUAGGGGACGCUAUGGAGGACAUCGAGGAGUUCAUGCAAAACAUUGAGCGUCAUGGGCUGAUCCACAUCGAUGAGCAGCAGGCCGGCCCCCUCGAGGCCCCCCAGCUGCAGAACCCUCACCCACCCGCAAAUUCCCCUCCCCUUCUCUUUCCUAAUUUCUUCCCCGCAGCUAGUGAGCCUGCUCAAGCUCCACACAGCCCCGCGCCUAGCAAUCCCGACUGGCUGUUUGAUGGUGUACCCAUCGGCGAGAACGUGGGUGUCCCACUACUCGACAACCGUGACCCACUGGCCGUCUUCGCUUCCAGCUGGGAUGACCUUCAAAAGAAACAGACCGAGAUCCUCCACCAACAACAGAGGAGUCUGAAGGAACACUUGGAUCAGCAGGAGAAGUUCAAUAACUAUCAUCUCAGUCAACAGGGAAUGGUCAGGAGCUUUAUGGAUACCCAGGUGGACCCGAUCAUCUACGUCACAGCUCAGCAUUCGGCCACCCACAAUAUGUUCCCGGCUAUCCAAACAGCCGGCCAGAGUACCGUUGCUGGCCAGGUCAGCAACAUCGCGUUCGACUACUUGAAGAUGUUCGAGCAUGCGCUUAGUCAAGAUACGGCGGUGCUUCUCAGCCACCAGCCUAGAAAGGCUCUUACUCGUAUCGUUGAGUGGCUGCUCUGUGACAAAACUCUACCGGAUGUGUUCAAGGGAGAAAUCAGAAGGAGCCUCGUCCGGUCUGUCCGUUCGGCCAACAAUAGGGACUGCGAUGGCAAUAAUUCCUGGCAUCGCCACUUCAUCCUCCUCUGUGCAGAUGUCGGCGAGGACAUGGACACCUCAAAUGUGGUGACCUGGCUUGGAAGGUUCUCAAGAGAUUCUUUGCAGUCCAUCAUCUUCAAGAUUAUGACGAGUGGUGUCACGCCUUCCAACACAGUCUUGGAGCUGCGCAAGUAUUGCAUGGAGAACAUCGUAGCAAGCACUGACAACUUGGCCCGGUAUCCAGGCGUUUCGCCUGUAUGGGUGACACAGCAGAAGGAGGACAACAACCCAAUGACGAGAGGAAGUAUUGGAACGUUCAAACUGUCACCGGAAUGUAUAACGUCCGACCACAAGCUUUCAUUGGCCAUCACUGAUCCCAUACCCAUAGGCUUAUCGAACGUCCUCGCAUAUCUUCCCCUUCGGGAUAUACUGAUCCUGCUUCUUGGAACGUGCAGAACCUUCCGCGCAUUCUUCGACCUGAAGGGAGUCUGGUCCAAGGUGCUCAUAGAUUCGAAGGACACGUUUAAAUCCGGCGCUAAUUUCAUGCAAUUUAUUCGUCGCUUGCCCGAGACGUCGAUCCGCAUGUUCACCAUGGACGUCAGUCUCCUCAAUAUCGAGGGAGCGGUUGAAACUGCAGAUCUGCUUGUCCGCAGGAAGCACUGGCAGCUGCAAUCAUUGCAUAUCGUCGGCAAGAAGCUCACUCAAGCCGCUCUGAAUCAGAUACUCCGACGCCUCUGGUCGGAUGGCUUCAAGGUCCUGUCGGUUCAUGACAUGUCGGCCAACAAACUGGACGCCAACCAAGCAACAAAGUCCGUGAUCUCUCAUGCACUGAAUGUCCAAAAGCUGAGGCUUGAUGCGUCGUUGGACCUAGAAUCCCUGAGAAGUCUCUCGGGUCUCCAUGCUAGUGGCUUGGUGAUGUCCGAUAAUCGAAUCACUCACCUGAGCUUCCUGGGAGCUUGGAAAUCUGCGAUUCAUUGGGACGAGUUGAGGUGCUUCGGUACUUGGUUUCCGGAACUGGAGCGCCUGUUCGUAGCUACCAUCCUCUCUUCUCCUGAUUGGGUCGAUAAGUUUGCCCGCGAUGACAGCGCAGAGGGCCUCCGCACUCCCACCGCUCAAGAGAUCGAAUGGCAAGACAUUCCACGCCUCAAGUCCUUCAGCGUCGAAUACCUAGGCGAAUUAGGUUCACGGGCCGUCAACAAGGUACCGGAUAACGUUCAUGCCGCAUAUCUUUGGGCGUUGGUAGGAGGCAGCAAGGGAACACUCGAACGACUGGAAAUCGGUCCACCCGGUCCUGAGGUUGAGCUCAAGAAGGCACGCAGAAGCGAUGGCGCGCAGUCAACUCCUAUGGUGAAACUCUCGCCCGAGGAAUUGGACGUGCCUCCAAUAAUUUUCCCCCAGCUGCAGCACCUAUUCCUUAGCCAUUGCGUUAUCGAAUGGAACUACCUGUUCACCACGGAAGACGAUGCGAGGCAUGAUCCCCCGCCGCCAUCGCCUAUUCUGGUGAUGCCUCACCUCCGCACCGCCAACUUUUACCGCUGCGAAGGUCUUCCCGGCUCUGAGGUUGAAGCUGCUCCCCCUAAGAAGAAGAAGGCUUCAACUCCGAAGAGGAUCCCGUGGCUCGACAAACUGCGUGAAAUGUGCCCUUCUGUCGACGGUUGCGGAGAUGGCAGGAAGGGUUACCUCGGUUCCGGCGACUGGUAA